GCCCGGGGGCGGGGGCGGGGCCAGAAGGCGGCGGCGGCGGCGGCGGCAGACGCUCCAGUCCCGACAGCGGCGGGUAGCUGGCGCAGCCCGAACCCGCCAUGGAGCAGCCCAGGAAGGCGGUGGUGGUGACCGGGUUUGGCCCUUUUGGGGAGCACACUGUGAACGCCAGCUGGAUUGCAGUCCAGGAGCUGGAGAAGCUGGGGCUCGGCGACAGCGUGGACCUGCAUGUGUAUGAGAUUCCAGUUGAGUACAAGACGGUGCAGAGGCUCAUCCCCGCCCUGUGGGAGAAGCACAGCCCACAGCUGGUGGUACAUGUGGGGGUGUCAGGAAUGGCGACCACAGUCACGCUGGAGAAGUGUGGGCACAACAAGGGCUACAAGGGGCUGGACAACUGCCGCUUCUGCCCCGGCUCCCAGUGCUGCGUGGAGGAUGGGCCUGAAAGCAUUGACUCCAUCAUCGACAUGGACACUGUAUGUCAGAGGGUCACUACGCUGGGCCUGGAUGUAUCGGUGACCAUCUCACAAGAUGCUGGCAGGUACCUCUGCGACUUCACCUACUACACCUCCCUGUACCAGAGCCACGGCCGCUCCGCCUUCGUCCACGUGCCCCCACUGGGCAAGCCGUACAACGCAGACCAGCUGGGCAGGGCACUGCAGGCCAUCAUCGAGGAGAUGCUGGAUGUCCUAGAGCAGUCGGAAGGCAAACUCAGCUGUCGCCACAAACACUGAGAGCCACUCAGGCCUCCCAGGACCUGGUGCCACCGGGGACCCGGGGAGACGUCUGCCCGCGGGGCCUGGCCAGGGAGGCCCAGCUCCUCAGCUGAGAUCGGAUUUGGAUCACAUGUCCCCACUGACACGCCUCUGCUCCCUCUUUCUCUGCGCAGCUGCCGUUGAUUUGAAGGAGGCAGCUGCAGAUGUUUGCUCUAUUCCCCUUUGCUUCUGGGGAUGCGGCUGUGACGGCUGCUGGUGGGUCCUGAUUUCCUCAGAGAGCCCUGGUCGGGUGGGUGUCACGCUGGGAUCCCACGGCUGGGCCGCCUGUGCACUUUUCCAAGUCUCUGGCGAAGGGUUCCAGACUCCCUCUGCCCGGGCUGGCUUUUCCCAAACUUAGAAGCCUCUCGAGCCCCUGCCCUCAGCCGGUCCAACAGCCUGGACAGCCCCGGAAAGCACAGCCUUGGCUGUGGCGUGGCUUUCUUUCUCUCUUGUUCUCUUUUCAAAACAAUAGUGCUAGUUUGGGCACAGAGUAAUUUAUAUUCCCUUUGGUUCAAAAGCAAGCUUCAGCCAACAA